AUGGAACAAAUAUUGCCACAAGAGAACAGAACGGGCGUGAGGCCGUGUCAUGACAGACUUGAGGGCAUCGAGGUGGUGGGUGAUGAAGGGAUAAUCCCCACCGUCAGCCCUGUCUUUAGGUUCGCCGCCCAGCAGAGAAGGAUGUCCUACUCCAACGAGUGGUGUGGGGUGAGCUGCCCGCAGCCCAUCGCCGAGAGCUCCAACGAGCCGUGUGUGCAGCAGUGCCCCGAGUCCAGAGCCCUGAUCCAGCCCCCGCCGGUGGUGGUGACCUUCCCGGGCCCCCUGCUCAGCACCUGUCCCCAGGAGAGCAUCGUGGGAUCGUCGGGCCCAGCCUGGCUGGGGCGUUCCUUCAGUUCCCGCAGCUCCUCGGGCUCUGGGGGCUCCUUUGGGCUGGGAGGUGCUGGGGGUUACGGGGGCCCGCUGGCCUUGGGGGGCUCCUCUGGCUCUGGGGGCUCCUUUGGGGCUGGAGGUUCUGGGGGCUCCUUUGGGUGGGGACCUUAUGGAGGUUCCCAGGGCUAUGGGGGCUCCUUUGGGGCUGGGGGCUCCCGUGGUUAUAGGGGCUCCUUUGGGUCUGGGGGCUCUGGGGGCUCUGGGGGCUUCCCGGGCUAUGGGGGCUCCCUUGGCUAUGGGAGCUCCCAGGGCUAUGGGGGCUCCUUGGGCUAUGGGGGCUAUGGGGGCUCCCAGGGGGGCUAUGGGGGCUCCUUUGGCAAUUGCGGGAGCUCCUACAGCUCCGGCUUCUCCUCGCGGGGCCUGGGCUAUUCCCUGCCCGGCUCGCAGGGAUGGGGCAGGUCCCGCCGCGGGAGCUGUGGGGUUUUCUAAAGCCCCCCUGGCAGUGCCAGCCCUGGAGCCCAGCCCGGGCCUUGGGGACAGCGGGCAGGAGCCACGGGCAGCGGCAGCUGAGUGUGGCCAGCAGCCCCGGCUGUGCCCUGAGCCCUCCAUUCCCUCCGGA